AUGGACCUGCCCUUUGCUCCAUUCAUUAUUAAAACUCUCCUGCUCUCUCUACUCAAUAUCACAGGCUUCACAGCCAAUGCAAACUACGGCUGCGCAGCAACGCCCACAGCGAGGCAGUUCCCUGAUAUCUGUCCAAAAACAAAGCACCCUGACGUAUGUUUCUACUUUCUGAACCGCGAUCCAAGGACUUGUCGGGCUUCUUCCCUUCCCGAGCUUGGACUAGGCGCUCUGCAUGUGGCAAUACAGACGGCUGAACACAGAGCAUUCACGUAUAACACAUUGGCUAAAAUGAUAGGCAUCAAUCGUCGUCUGAAAAGAAAAUACGUGCAGUGUCGCGAUAAUUACACAUUGGCUAGGAGGCUGACGGUGCAAGCAAAAAAUAAUGUGCAACGUAACGAGUACGCGGAAGCAAGAAGGCGUCUGGAAGUUGCAUGUGAAGUGCCUAAUUCUUGUCGAAAGGAGGUUGGAGAACCUGCAGGGGGUAAAGAACCGAAUGAGAUAUCCUAUGCUUUUUUUGAGUUUGCUCUUGUUGUUGUGAAAGAGUUGGAGGUCAGGAAAAAGACUUAG